AUGAUUUCUUUCCUCUCCCACCAUUUGCUUCUUUCUCUUCAGGAGAUCCAUCUUCUCUCUUUCACUCUUCUUUCUCAUUCCUUAUUUGCCACAUUUUUUUGUUUUUCUUUUCUUUUCAUAUACAUCAUCAGUCUUCUUCUCUCUAUCUCUCUCCAUUCUCAUUCCUUAUUUGCCACUUUUUCUCUUUUUCUUUUCUUUUCAUAUACAUCAUCAGUCUUCUUCUCUCUUUUCUCUCCAUUCUCAUUUCCUUAUUUGCCACUUUUCUCUUUUUCUUUUCUUUUCAUAUACAUCAUCAGUCUUCUUCUCUCUUUCUCUCUCCAUUCUCAUUCCUUAUUUGCCACUUUUUCUCUUUUUUUCUUUUCAUAUACAUCAUCAGUCUUCUUCUCUCUUUCUCUCCAUUCUCAUUCCAUUUCUUUUCUCUUUUUCUUUUCUUUUCUCUCUCAUCUCUCUCCAUUCUCCAUUCUCAUUCCUUAUUUUGCCACUUUUUCUCUUUUUCUUUUCUUUUCAUAUACAUCAUCAGUCUUCUUCUCUCUUUCUCUCUCCAUUCUCAUUCCUUAUUUGCCACUUUUUCUCUUUUUCUUUUCUUUUCAUAUACAUCAUCAGUCUUCUUCUUUCUUUCUCUCUCCAUUCUCAUUCCUUAUUUGCCACUUUUUCUCUUUUUCUUUUCUUUUCAUAUACAUCAUCAGUCUUCUUCUCUCUUUCUCUCUCCAUUCUCAUUCCUUAUUUGCCACUUUUUCUCUUUUUUCUUUUUCUUUUCAUAUACAUCAUCAGUCUUCUUCUCUCUUUCUCUCCAUUCUCUUUUCCUUAUUUGCCACUUUUUUCUCUUUUUCUUUUUCUUUUCUUUUCAUAUACAUCAUCAGUCUUCUUUCUCUAUCUCUCUCCAUUCUCAUUCCUUAUUUGCCACUUUUUCUCUCUUUUUCUUUUCUUUUCAUAUACAUCAUCAGUCUUCUUCUCUCUUUCUCUCUCCACUUUUUCUCAUUCCUUAUUUGUCUUCCACUCUUUUUCUCUUUUUUCUUUUCUUUUUUUCAUAUACAUCAUCAGUCUUCUUCUCUCUUUCUCUCUCCAUUCUCAUUCCUUAUUUGCUUUUCUUUUUUCUUUUCUUUUUUCAUCAGUCUUCUUCUCUCUUUCUCUCUCCAUUCUCAUUCCUUAUUUGCCACUUUUUCUCUUUUUCUUUUCUUUUCAUAUACAUCAUCAGUCUUCUUCUCUCUAUCUCUCUCCAUUCUCAUUCCUUAUUUGCCACUUUUUCUCUUUUUCUUUUCUUUUCAUAUACAUCAUCAGUCUUCUUCUCUCUUUCUCUCUUCAUUCUCAUUCCUUAUUUGCCACUUUUUCUCUUUUUUUUUUUUUUUUCAUAUACAUCAUCAGUCUUCUUCUCUCUUUCUCUCCAUUCUCAUUCCUUAUUUGCCACUUUUCUCUUUUUCUUUUCUUUUUCAUAUACAUCAUCAGUCUUCUUCUCUCUUUCUCUCUCCAUUCUCAUUCCUUAUUUGCCACUUUUUCUCUUUUUCUUUUCUUUUCAUAUACAUCAUCAGUCUUCUUCUCUCUCUUUCUCUCUCCAUUCUCAUUCCUUAUUUGCCACUUUUUUCUCUUUUUUCUUUUUCUUUUCAUAUACAUCAUCAGUCUUCUUCUCUCUUUUCUCUCUCCAUUCUCACUUUUCUCUUUCCUUAUUUUGCCACUUUUUUUUCUUUUUUCUUUUCUUUCCUUAUACAUCAUCAGUCUUCUUCUCUCUUUCUCUCUCCAUUCUCAUUCCUUCUUUGCCACUUUUUCUCUUUUUCUUUUUCUUUUCAUAUACAUCAUCAGUCUUCUUCUCUCUUUUUUUCUCUCCAUUCUCAUUCCUUAUUUGCCUCUUUUUCUUUUUUUUUUUUUUUUUCUUUUAUACAUCAUCAGUCUUCUUCUCUCUUUUUCUCUCUCCAUUCUCAUUCCUUAUUUGCCACUUUUUUUCUCUUUUUCUUUUCUUUUUUAUACAUCAUCAGUCUUCUUCUCUCUUUCUCUCUCCAUUCUCAUUCCUUAUUUGCCACUUUUUUCUCUUUUUCUUUUCUUUUCAUAUACAUCAUCAGUCUUCUUCUCUCUCUUUCUCUCUCCAUUCUCAUUCCUUAUUUGCCACUUUUUCUCUCUUUUUCUUUUCUUUUUCAUAUACAUCAUCAGUCUUCUUCUCUCUUUCUCUCUCCCAUUCUCAUUUCCUUAUUUGCCACUUUUUUCUCUUUUUCUUUUCUUUUUCAUAUAUCAUCAUCUUCUUCUCUCUUUUCUCUCCAUUCUCAUUCCUUAUUUGCCACUUUUUCUCUUUUUCUUUUCUUUUCAUAUCAUCAUCAUCUUUCUUCAUUUCUCUCUUUUCUUUUCUCAUCCAGUCUUCUUUCUCAUUCCUUAUUUGCCACUUUUUUUUCUUUUUUUCUUUUCUUUUCAUAUACAUCAUCAGUCUUCUUUUCUCUCUUUCUCUCUCCAUUCUCAUUCCUUAUUUGCCACUUUUUCUCUUUUUCUUUUCUUUUCAUAUACAUCAUCAGUCUUCUUCUCUCUUUCUCUCUCCAUUCUCAUUCCUUAUUUGCCACUUUUUCUCUUUUUCUUUUCUUUUCUUUACAUCAUCAGUCUUCUUCAUCUUUCUCUCCAUUCUCUUAUUUCUUUUCUCUUUUCUUUUCUUUUCUCUCAUCAUCAUUCUUCUUCUCUUCUCUGCCAUUCUCAUUUUUUUCACUUUUUUCUUUUUUUCUUUUUUUUAUACAUCAUCAGUCUUCUUCUCUCUUUUCUCUCUCCAUUCUCAUUCCUUAUUUGCCACUUUUUUUCUCUUUUCUUUUCUUUUCUUAUACAUCAUCAGUCUUCUUCUCUCUUUCUCUCUCCAUUCUCAUUUCCUUAUUUGCCCUUUUUCUCUUUUCUUUUCUUUUCAUAUACAUCAUCCAGUCUUCUUCUCUCUUUCUCUCUCCAUUCUCAUUCCUUAUUUGCCACUUUUUCUCUUUUCUUUUCUUUUCAUAUACAUCAUCAGUCUUCUUCUUCUCUCUCCAUUCUCAUUUCCAUUUUCAUUCUUUUUCUCUUUUCUCUUUUUCUUUUCUUUUCAUAUACAUCAUCAGUCUUCUUCUCUCUUUCUCUCUCCAUUCUCAUUCCUUAUUUGCCACUUUUCUCUUUUCUUUUCUUUUCAUCUUCAUCAUCAGUCUUCUUCUCUUUCUCUCUCCAUUCUCAUUCCUUAUUUGCCACUUUUUUCUCUUUUCUUUUCUUUUCAUAUACAUCAUCAGUCUUCUUCUCUCUUUCUCUCAUUCUCAUUCCUUGUUGCCACUUUUUCUCUUUUCUUUUCUUUUCAUAUACAUCAUUCUUCUUCUUUUCUCUUUUUCUCUCUCCAUUCUCAUUCUCAUUCCUUAUUUGCCACUUUUUCUCUUUUUCUUUUCUUUUCAUAGCCAUCAUCAGUCUUCUUCUCUCUCCAUUCUCAUUCCUUAUUUGCCACUUUUCUCAUCUUUUCUUUUCACCCAUCAUUUUCUUUUCUUUUUCUCUUUCUCAUUCCUUUUCUUUUCUCUUUUUCUUUUCAUCAUCAGUCUUCUUCUCUCUUUCUCUCUCCCAUUUUCUCAUUCCUUAUUUGCCCACUUUUUCUUUUUCUUUUUUUCUUUUCUUUCUCUUUCUCUCUCCAUCGGUCACCUUCAUCUUCUUUUCUCUUUCUCUCUCCAUUCUCAUUUCCUUAUUUGCCACUUUUUUUCUCUUUUUUCUUUUUCUUUUCAUAUACAUCAUCAGUCUUCUUCUCUCUAUCUCUCUCCAUUCUCAUUCCUUAUUUGCCACUUUUUCUCUUUUUCUUUUCUUUUCAUAUACAUCAUCAGUCUUCUUCUCUUUUUCUCUCUCCAUUCUCAUUCCUUAUUUGCCACUUUUUCUCUUUUUCUUUUCUUUUCAUAUACAUCAUCAGUCUUCUUCUCUCUAUCUCUCUCCAUUCUCAUUUCCUUAUUUGCCACUUUUCUCUUUUUCUUUUUCUUUUCAUAUACAUCAUCAGUCUUCUUCUCUCUUUCUCUCUCCAUUCUCUUUUCCUUAUUUGCCACUUUUUUCUCUUUUCUUUUCUUUUCAUAUACAUCAUCAGUCUUCUUCUCUCUUUCUCUCUCCAUUCUCAUUCCUUAUUUGCCACUUUUUCUCUUUUUCUUUUCUUUUCAUAUACAUCAUCAGUCUUCUUCUCUCUUUCUCUCUCCAUUCUCAUUCCUUAUUUGCCACUUUUUCUCUUUUUCUUUUCUUUUCAUAUACAUCAUCAGUCUUCUUCUCUCUUUCUCUCCAUUCUCAUUCCUUAUUUGCCCUUUUUUCUCUUUUUCUUUUCUUUUCAUAUACAUCAUCAGUCUUCUUCUCUCUAUUCUCUCCAUUCUCUUUUCUUUUUCUUUUUUGCCACUUUUUCUCUUUUCUUUCUUUUCUUUUCAUAUACAUCAUCAGUCUUCUUCUCUCUUUCUCUCUCCAUUCUCAUUCCUUAUUUGCCACUUUUUCUCUUUUUCUUUUCUUUUCAUAUACAUCAUCAGUCUUCUUCUCUCUUUCUCUCUCAUUUCUCAUUCCUUAUUUGCCACUUUUUCUCUUUUUCUUUUCUUUUCAUAUACAUCAUCAGUCUUCUUCUCUCUUUCUCUCUCCAUUCUCAUUCCUUAUUUGCCACUUUUUCUCUUUUUCUUUUCUUUUCAUAUACAUCAUCAGUCUUCUUCUCUCUUUCUCUCUUCAUUCUCAUUCCUUAUUUGCCACUUUUUCUCUCUUUUUUCUUUUCUUUUCAUAUACAUCAUCAGUCUUCUUCUCUCUUUCUCUCUCUCAUUCUCAUUCCUUAUUUGCCACUUUUUUCUCUCUUUUUCUUUUCUUUUUUUUCAUUCGGUCUUCUUCUCUCUUUCUCUCUCCAUUCUCAUUCCUUAUUUGCCACUUUUUUCUUUUUCUUUUCUUUUCAUAUCAUCAUCAGUCUUCUUCUCUCUUUUCUCUCCAUUCUCAUUUCCUUAUUUGCCACUUUUUUCUUUUCUUUUCUUUUUCCUUAUACAUCAUCAGUCUUCUUCUCUCUUUCUCUCUCAUUCUCAUUCCUUAUUUGCCCUUUUCUCUUUUUCUUUUCUUUUCAUAUACAUCAUCAGUCUUCUUCUUCUCUUUCUCUCUCAUUUCUCAUUCCUUGUUGCCACUUUUUCUCUUUUUUCUUUUCAUUUUAUUUGCCAUACUAUUCAUCUUCUUCUCUCUUUCUCUCAUUCUCAUUCCUUAUUUGCCACUUUUUCUUUUUUUCUUUUUCUUUUCAUUUCAUCAGUCUUCUUCUUCUCUUUCUCUUCCCAUUCUCAUUUCCUUAUUUGCCACUUUUUUCUUUUCUUUUUCUUUUCAUAUACAUCAUCAGUCUUCUUUCUCUUUCUCUCUCCAUUCUCUUUUUCCUUAUUUGCCACUUUUUCUCUUUUUCUUUUCUUUUUUCUUUUAUACAUCAUCAGUCUUCUUCUCUCUUUCUCUCUCUCAUUCCUCAUUCCUUAUUUGCCACUUUUUUCUCUUUUCUUUUUCUUUUCCUUAUAUACAUCAUCAGUCUUCUUCUCUUCUUUCUCUCUCCAUUCUCAUUCCUUAUUUGCCACUUUUUUCUCUUUUUCUUUUUCUUUUCAUAUACAUCAUCAGUCUUCUUCUUUCUUUCUCUCUCCAUUCUCAUUCCUUAUUUGCCACUUUUCUUUUUCUCUUUUUCUUUUCUUUUCUCUAUCCAUCAUUCAGUCUUCUUCUCUCUCUUUUCUCUCUCCAUUCUCUCAUUCUUUUCCUUAUUUGCCACUUUCUCUUUUUCUUUUCUUUUCAUAUACAUCAUCAGUCUUCUUCUCUCUUUCUCUCUCCAUUCUCAUUCCUUAUUUGCCACUUUUUCUCUUUUUUCUUUUCUUUUCUUAUACAUCAUCAGUCUUCUUCUUCUUCUCUCUUUCUCUCUCCACUUUUCUCUUUUCCUUAUUUGCUUCACUUUUUCUCUUUUUUCUUUUCUUUUCUUAUACAUCAUCAGUCUUCUUCUCUCUUUCUCUCUCCAUUCUCAUUCCUUAUUUGCCACUUUUCCUUUUCUUUUUUUUUCUUUUCUUUUUUCUUUUCUCUCCAUACAUCUUAUUUCACUUUCUUCUUUUUCUUUCUUUCUCUCUCCAUUCUCUUUCUCUCUCCAUUGCCUUAUUUGCCACUUUUUCUUUUUCUUUUCUUUUCAUAUACAUCAUCAGUCUUCUUCUCUCUUUCUCUCUCCAUUCUCAUUCCUUGCUUUUCUCUUUUUCUUUUCUUUUUAUACAUCCAGUCUUCUUCUUUUUUCUCUCUUUUCUUUUUUCUUUUCUUUUUAUACAUCAUCAGUCUUCUUCUCUCUUUUCUCUCCAUUCUCAUUUCCUUAUUUGCCACUUUUUUCUCUUUUUCUUUUCUUUUCAUAUACAUCAUCAGUCUUCUUCUCUCUUUCUCUCUCCAUUCUCAUUCCUUAUUUGCCACUUUUUCUCUUUUUUUUCUUUUCUUUCAUCAUACAUCAUCAGUCUUCUUCUCUCUUUCUCUCUCCAUUCAUUCUUUCCUUAUUUGCCACUUUUUCUCUUUUCUUUUCUUUUUCUCUCCAUUCUCACAUCAUCUUUUCUUCUUCUCAUCUCUUUCUCUCUCCAUUCUCAUUCCUUAUUUGCCACUUUUUUCUUUUCUUUUCUUUUCAUAUACAUCAUCAGUCUUCUUCUCUCUUUCUCUCUCCAUUCUCAUUCCUUAUUUGCCACUUUUUCUCUUUUUUUUUCUUUUCUUUUCAGUCUUCUUCAUCUCUCUCUUCUUCUUCACUUUUUCUCUCUUUUCCAUUCUCAUUCCUUCUCUUUUCCACUUUUCUCUUUUCUUUUCUUUUUUUAUACAUCAUCAGUCUUCUUCUCUCUCCAUUCUCAUUUCUAUUUGCCACUUUUUUCUCUUUUCUUUUCUUUUUCAUAUACAUCCACUUUUUCUCUUUUCUUUUUUUUUUUUUUCAUAUACAUCAUCAGUCUUCUUCUCUCUUUCUCUCCAUUCUCAUUCCUUAUUUGCCACUUUUUCUCUUUUUCUUUUCUUUUCAUAUACAUCAUCAGUCUUCUUCUCUCUUUCUCUCUCCAUUCUCAUUCCUUAUUUUGCCACUUUUUUUCUUUUUCUUUUUCUUUUUCAUAUACAUCAUCAGUCUUCUUCUCUCUCUCUCCAUUCUCAUUCCUUAUUUGCCACUUUUUUCUCUUUUCUUUUCUUUUCAUAUACAUCAUCAGUCUUCUUCUCUCUAUCUCUCUCCAUUCUCAUUCCUUAUUUGCCACUUUUUCUCUUUUUCUUUUCUUUUCAUAUACAUCAUCAGUCUUCUUCUCUCUUUCUCUCUCCAUUCUCAUUCCUUAUUUGCCACUUUUCUUUUCUUUUCUUUUCAGUCUUUUCUUUUUCUCUCCAUUCUCAUUCUUAUUUGCCACUUUUCUCUUUUUCUUCUUUCAUAUACAUCAUCUCCAUUCUCAUUUCCUCCAUUCUUUCCAUUUGCCUUUUUCUCUUUUCUUUUCUUUUCAUAUACAUCAUCAGUCUUCUUCUCUCUUUCUCUCUCCAUUCUAUUCCUUAUUUGCCACUUUUCUCUUUUUUUCUUUUUUACAUCAUCAGUCUUUUCUCUUUUCUCUUUUCUCAUUCAUCCUAUUUGCCCACUUUUUUUCUCUUUUCUUUUCUUUUCAUUCUACAUCACUUAGUCUUCUUCUUUCUUUCUCUCUCAUUUCAUUUCCUUUUCUUUUUGCUUUCUUUUUCUUUUUUCUUCUCUCUCUUCUCUCAUCUCUCCAUUCUCAUUUCCUUAUUUGCCACUUUUUCUCUUUUCUUUUUUUUCUCAUCAUCAGUCUUCUUCUCUUUUCUCUUCAUUCUCAUUCCUUAUUUGCCCUUUUCUUUUCUUUCUUCUUCUAUUCUCUCUUUCUCUUCAUUCUCUUUUCCUUAUUUGCCACUUUUUCUUUUUUUUUUUCAUAUACAUCAUCAGUCUUCUUCUCUUUCUCUCUCCAUUCUCAUUCCUUGUUGCCACUUUUCUCUUUUCUUUUCUUUUCAUAUACAUCAUCAGUCUUCUUCUCUCUUUCUCUCUCCAUUCUCAUUCCUUAUUUGCCACUUUUUCUCUUUUCUUUUCUUUUUUUUUCAGUCUUCUUCUCUCUUUCUCUCUCCAUUCAUUCCUUAUUUGCCACUUUUCUCUUUUCUUUUCUUUUCAUAUACAUCAUCAGUCUUCUUCUCUCUUUCUCUCUCCAUUCUCAUUCCUUAUUUGCCACUUUUUCUCUUUUUCUUUUCUUUUCAUAUACAUCAUCAGUCUUCUUCUCUCUAUCUCUCUCCAUUCUCAUUCCUUAUUUGCCACUUUUUCUCUUUUCUUUUCUUUUCCUUCAUCAGUCUUCUUCUCUCUUUCUCUCUCAUUCUCACAUUUCUUGUUCAUUCUCUCUUCUUUUCUUUUUCCUACAUCAUUUCUUCUCCUUUCUUCUCAUUCUCCAUCAUCUUUUGCCACUUUCUCUUCUCUUUUCUUUUUUCAUCAUUCUUUUUCUCUUUUCUUCACUUUUCUUCUUUUCUCUUUUCUUUUUCUCUCCAGUCUUCUUCUCUCUAUCUCUAUCCAUUCUCAUUCCUUUUUUGCCUCUCUUUUCUUUUCUUUUCAUAUACAUCAUCAGUCUUCUUCUCUCUUUCUCUCUCCAUUCUCAUUCCUUAUUUGCCACUUUUCUCUUUUUUUCUUUUUUUUCAUAUACAUCAUCAGUCUUCUUCUCUCUUCUCUCCAUUCUCAUUCCUUAUUUGCCACUUUUUCUCUUUUUUCUUUUCUUUUCAUAUACAUCAUCAGUCUUCUUCUCUUUUCUCUCCAUUCCUCAUUCCUUAUUUGCCACUUUUCUCUUUUUUUCUUUUCUUUUCAUAUACAUCAUCAGUCUUCUUCUCUAUCUCUCCAUUCUCUUUCCUUAUUUGCCCUUUUCUCUUUUUCUUUUCUUUUUAUACAUCAUCAGUCUUCUUCUCUUUCUCUCUUCAUUCUCUUUCUUUUGCCACUUUUUCUUUUCUUUUCAUCGCAUCAGUCUUCUUCUCUCUUUCUCUUCAUUUCUCAUUUCUUAUUUGCCACUUUUCUCUUUUUCUUUUCUUUUCAUAUACAUCAUCAGUCUUUCUCUCUCCAUUCUCUCUCUCCACUUUUUUCUCCUUUUUCUUUUUUCAUUCCUUUCUUGCCUCUUUUCUCAUUUUCCUUUUUCUUUUCAUAUACAUCAUCAGUCUUCUUCUCUCUUUCUCUCUCAUUCUCAUUUCCUUAUUUGCCACUUUUUCUCUUUUCUUUUCUUUUCAUAUACAUCAUCAGUCUUCUUCUCUCUUUCUCUCUCCAUUCUCAUUCCUUAUUUGCCACUUUUCUCUUUUCUUUUCUUUUCAUAUACAUCAUCAGUCUUCUUCUCUCUUUCUCUCUCCAUUCUCAUUCCUUAUUUGCCCUUUUUCUCUUUUUCUUUUCUUUUUCAUAUACAUACAUCUCUCUCCAUUCUCAUUCCUUGUUGCCCACUUUUUCUCUUUCUUUCUUUUCUACAUCAUCAGUCUUCUUCUCUCUUUCUCCAUUCUCAUUUCUUAUUUGCCCACUUUUCUCUUUUCUUUUCUUUUCUUAUACAUCAUCAGUCUUCUUCUCUUUCUCUCUCCAUUCUCAUUCCUUAUUUGCCCUUUUUUUCUCUUUUCUUUUCUUUUCAUAGCCACAUCAUCAGUCUUCUUCUCUCUUUCUCUCUCCAUUCUCCAUUCCUUAUUUGCCACUUUUUCUCUUUUUCUUUUCUUUUCAUAGCCAUCAUCAGUCUUCUUCUCUCUUUUUCUCCAUUCUCAAUAUUUGCCACUUUUUCCUUUUUCUUUUCAAUCAUCACCACUUUUCUUUUCAUAUACAUCAUCAGUCUUCUUCUCUUUCUCUCUCCAUUCUCAUUCCUUAUUUGCCACUUUUCUCUCUUUUUUCUUUAUUUUCAUAUACAUCGUUCUCAUUCUUCUUCUUUCUCUUUUUUCCGCCUCAUUCUCAUUCCUUCUUCUUCACUUUUUCUCUUUUUCUUUUUCUUUUUCUUAAUCAUCAGUCUUCGCUCUUUUCUCUCUCAUUCUCAUUCCUUAUUUGCCCUUUUUUUCUCUUUUUCUUUUCUUUUCACCAUACAUCCACUUUUCUUUUCAUAUACAUCAUCAGUCUUCACUCUUUCAACCAUUCAUUCCUUAACCACUUUUCUUUUUCUUUUCUUUUUCAUAUACAUCAUCCAGUCAGCUCUCUAUCUCUCUCUCUCAUCCUCAUUCCGCCACAACCUCUUUUCUUUUUUUCUUUUUCUUUUCAGUCUUCUUCUCUUUCUCUCCAUUCUCAUUCCUUAUUUGCCACUUUUUUCUCUUUUUCUUUUCUUUUCCUUAUACAUCAUCAGUCUUCUUUCUCUUUCUCUCCAUUCUCCACCACAUUUGCCCUUUUUCCUUUUUUCUUUUCUUUUCAUAUUCAUCAUCAGUCUUCUUCUCUCUUUAUCUCUCCAUUCUCAUUCCUUAUUUGCCACUUUCUCUUUUCUUUUUCUUUUCAUAUACAUCAUCAGUCUUCUUCUCUUUUCUCUCCAUUCUCAUUCCUUGUUGCCCUUUUUCUCUUUUUCUUUUCUUUUCAUAUACAUCAUCAGUCUUCUUCUCUUUCUCUCUUCAUUCUCAUUUCCUUAUUUGCCACUUUUCUCUUUUUCUUUUCUUUUUCAUAUACAUCAUCAGUCUUCUUCUCUCUCUAUCUCUAUCCAUUCUCAUUAUUUGCCACUUUUUUCUCUUUUUCUUUUCUUUUCAUAUACAUCAUCAGUCUUCUUCUCUCUUUCUCUCCAUUCUCAUUCCUUGCAUUUGCUUUUUUUUCUCUUUUCUUUUCAUACUACAUCAUCAGUCUUCUUCUCUUUCUCUCCAUUCUCAUUUCCUUAUUUGCCUUUUUUCUCUUUCUUUUCUUUUCUUAUACAUCAUCAGUCUUCUUCUUUCUUUCUCUCCCAUUUCUCAUUUCCUUAUUUGCCACUUUUUCUUUUCUUUUCUUUUUUCUUUUCUCUCUAUCAUCAUCAUUCUCAUUUCCUUGCCACUUUUUCUCUUUUCUUUUCUUUUCAUUUUCCUCAGUUUGCCGCUUUUCUCUUUUUCUUUUCACUUUUUCUUUUCUUUUCAUAUACAUCAUCAGUCUUCUUCUCUUUCCUCUCUCCAUUUCUCAUUCCUUAUUUGCCCUUUUCCUCUUUUCUUUUUUUCAUAUACAUCAUCAGUCUUCUUCUCUCUCUCCAUUCUCAUUCCUUAUUUGCCACUUUUCUCUUUUCUUUUCUUUUUCAUAUACAUCAUCAGUCUUCUUCUCUUCUUUCUCCAUUCUCAUUCCUUAUUUGCCCUUUUUCUCUUUUCUUUUCUUUUUCCUUAUACAUCAGUCUUCUUCUCUCUUUCUCUCUCCAUUCUCAUUCCUUAUUUGCCACUUUUUCUCUUUUCUUUUUUCUUUUCAUAUACAUCAUCAGUCUUCUUCUCUCUAUCUCUUUCCAUUCUCAUUUCCUUAUUUGCCCUUUUUCUCUUUUCUUUCUUUUCUUAUACAUCAUCAGUCUUCUUCUCUUUCUCUCUCAUUCUCUCCACCCUUUUCUCUUUCUUUCCUUAUACAUCCCAUCAAGUCUUUUCUCUCUCUCUUUUCUCUUUUCUUUUCUUUUUCUUUCUUUUUCAUCAGUCUUCUUCUCUCUUUUCUCUCUCAUUUCUCAUUCCUUAUUUUGCCACUUUUUCUUUUUUUUCUUUUCUUUUCAUGCCUCUCCAUCAUCAUUUCCUUCUUUUUCUCUUUUCUUUUUCUUUUCUCUCCAUUCUCUUUCUCUCCAUUUUGCCAUUUCCCUUUUUCUCUUUUCUUUUCUUUUCUAUACAUCAUCAGUCUUCUUCUCUCUUUUCUCAUUCCAUUCUCAUUUCCUUUUUGCACUUUUUCUUUUUUUUCAGUUUUCUUUCAUAUACAUCCAUCAGUCUAUUUCUUUCUUUUCUUUCUCUCUCCAGUCUUCUUCUCUUUUUUCCUCCAUUUUGCCACUUUUUGCCUCUUUUUCUUUUCUUUUCAUAUACAUCAUCAGUCUUCUUCUCUCUUUCUCUCUCAUUCUCAUUCCUUUUGCCACUUUUCUCUUUUUUCUUUUCUUUUCAUAUAAUCAUCAGUCUUCUUCUCUCUUUCUCAGCAUUCUCAUUCUUAUUUUACCACUUUUCUCUUUUCUUUUCUUUUCCACCAUCAUCAGUCUUCUUCUCUUUUCUCUCUCUCCAUUCUCACCUUCCUUUUGCCACUUUUUCUCUUUUCUUUUCUUUUCAUAUACAUCAUCAGUCUUCCUCUUCUUCUCUCUCCAUUUCUCAUUUCUUAUUUCCUUUUCUCUUUUCUUUUCUUUUUAUACAUCAUGUCUUCUUCACUUUUCUCUCAUUUUUUCCUUUUCUUUUCCACAACAGCAGUCUUCUUCUCUCUUUCUCUCUCCAUUCUCAUUCCUUAUUUGCCAGCUUUCUUUUCUUUUUUUUCUUUUCAUAUACAUAUCAGUCUUCUUCUCUCUCUCUCUCCAUUCUCAUUCCUUAUUUGCCACUUUUUUUCUCUUUUCUUUCUUUUUCAUAUACAUCAUCAGUCUUCUUCUCUCUUUCUCUCUCAUUCUCAUUUCCUUAUUUGCCACUUUUUCUCUUUUCUUUUCUUUUCAUAUACAUCAUCAGUCUUCUUUCUCUCCAUUCUCAUUCUUUAUUUGCCACUUUUUCUCUCUCCAUUCUCAUUUCCUUCUUUUCCAUUCCUUAUUUCUUUCUUUUUUCUUUUUCUUUUCAUAUACAUCAUCAGUCUUCUUCUUUCUCUCUCAUUUCUCAUUUCCUUGUUGCCACUUUUUCUCUUUUCUUUUUCUUUUCUUAUACAUCAUCAGUCUUCUUCUCUCUUUCUCUCCAUUUCUCAUUACCUUAUUUGCCACUUUUUCUCUUUUCUUUUUCUUUUCAUAUACAUCAUCAGUCUUCUUCUUUCUUUCUCUCCAUUUCUCAUUCCCUUAUUUGCCCACUUUUUUUCUUUUCUUUUUCUUUUCAUAUCAUCAUCAGUCUUCUUCUCUCUAUCUCUCUCCAUUCUCAUUUUCCUUAUUUGCCACUUUUCUCUUUUUCUUUUCUUUUCAUAGCCAUCAUCAGUCUUCUUCUCUCUUUUCUCUUCAUUCCAUUCUCAUUCUUUUCUUUGCCACUCAUUUCUUCUUCUUUUCUCUCUCCAUUUUUCUUUUUCAUAUACAUCAUCAGUCUUCUUCCUCUCUUUCUCUCCAUUCUCAUUCCUUAUUUGCCACUUUUCUCUUUUUCUUUUUCUUUUCAUAUACAUCAUCGAUCUUCUUCUCUCUUUUCUCUCUCCAUUCUCAUUCCUUAUUUGCCACUUUUUCUCUUUUCUUUUCUUUUUCAUAUAUACAUCAUCAGUCUUCUUCUCUCUAUCUCUCAUUCUCAUUCUCAUUUCCACUUUUUUUUUUUUUCUUUUUUUUUCUUUUCAUAACCAUCAUCAGUCUUCUUCUCUUUCUCUCUCCAUUCUCAUUCUUGUGCCACUUUUUCUCUUUUUCUUUUCUUUUCAUAUACAUCAUCAGUCUUCUUCUUCUCUCUUUCUCCAUUCUCAUUUCCUUAUUUGCCACUUUUUCUCUUUUUCUUUUCUUACAUUUCUUCUUACCUACCAUUUCAUUUCCAGCCACUUUUCUUUUCUUUUCUCUCUCCUUUUUCUCUUAUUCCUUAUUUGCCACUUUUCUCUUUUCUUUUCUUUUCAUAGCCAUCAUCAGUCUUCUUCUCUCUAUCUCUCCAUUCUCAUUUUCCUUAUUUGCCACUUUUUCUCUUUUCUUUUCUUUUCUUUAUACAUCAUCGGUCUUCUUCUCUCUCUUUCUCUCCCAUUUCAUUCCUUAUUUGCCACUUUUUUUCUUUUCUUUUCUUUUCAUAUACAUCAUCAGUCUUCUUUCUCUUUCUCUCCCAUUCUCAUUCUGUUGCCCUUUUUCUCUUUUCUUUUCUUUUCAUAUACAUCAUCAGUCUUCUUCUCUUUCUCUCUCUCCAUUCUCAUUCCUUAUUUGCCACUUUUUCUUUUCUUUUUCUUUCGCCAUACAUCAUCAGUCUUCUUCUCUCUUUCUCUCAUUUCUCAUUCCUUAUUUGCCCUUUUUCUCUUUUCUUUUCUUUUUCAUAUACAUCAUCAGUCUUCUUCUCUCUUUCUCUCUCCAUCUCAUUCCUUAUUUGCCUUUUUUCUCUUUUUUCUUUUCUUUUCUUAUACAUCAUCAGUGUCUUCAUUCUCAUUCCUGCCACUUUUAUCUUUUUCUCUCUGUCAUCUCAGUCUUCUUCUCUCUAUCUCUCUCCAUUCUCAUUUGCUUUUUCUCUUUUCUUUUUCUUUUCUUUCAUAUCCCAUCAGUCUUCUUCUCUCUUUCUCUCUUCAUUUCUCAUUCCUUAUUUGCCACUUUUUUCUUUUCUUUUCUUUUUAUACAUCAUCAGUCUUCUUCUCUCUUUCUCUCUCCAUUCUCUUUCCUUAUUUGCCACUUUUCUCUUUUUUCUUUUCUUUUACAUCAUCAGUCUUCUUCUCUCUUUUCUCUCAUUCUCAUUCCUUAUUGCCCCUUUUUUUUCUUUUUCUUUUCAUAUACAUCAUCAGUCUUCUUCUCUCUCUCCAUUCUCAUUCCUUUUUUGCCACUUUUCUCUUUUCUUUUUCUUUUCAUAUACGUCAUCAGUCUUCUUCUUUCUUUCUCUCCAUUCUCAUUCCUUAUUUGCCACUUUUUUCUCUUUUCUUUUUCUUUUCUUAUACAUCAUCAGUCUUCUCUAUCUCUCUCCAUUCUCAUUCCUUAUUUUGCCACUUUUCUCUUUUCUUUUCUUUUCUCUCAUCAUCAUUUCUUCUUCUCUCUUUCUCUCAUUCUCAUUUCAUUCAUUUUCCACUUUUUUCUCUUUUCUUUUCUUUACAUCAUCAGUCUUCUUCUCUCUUUCUCUCAUUCUCAUUCUUAUUUGCCACUUUUCUUCUUUUCUUUUCUUUUAUACAUCAUCAGUCAGUCUUUCUCUCUUUCUCUCAUCUCCAUUUCUCAUUCCUUAUUUGCCACUUUUCUCUUUUUCUUUUCUUUUUUAUACAUCAUCAGUCUUCUUCUCUUUCUCUCUCCAUUCUCGUUGCCUUCAUUUUUCUCUUUUUCUUUUCUUUUCUUUUCAUUUCAUCAUCGGUCUUCUUCUCUCUUUUCUCUCUCAUUCUCAUUCCUUAUUUGCCACUUUUCUCUUUUCUUUUCUUUUCCAUACAUCAUCAGUCUUCUUCUCUCUUUCUCUCUCAUUCUCAUUCCUUAUUUGCCACUUUUCUCUUUUUCUUUUCUUUUUCUUCAUCAUCAGUCUUCUUCUCUUUCUCUCUCCAUUCUCUCAUUCCUUUUUGCCCUUUUUUCUCUUUUUCUUUUCUUUUUCUAUACAUCAUCAGUCUUCUUCUCUAUUUCUCUCUCCAUUCUCAUUCCUUAUUUGCCACUUUUCUCUUUUUUUCUUUUUCUUUCAUCAUCAGUCUUCUUCUCUUUCUCUCUCAUUCUCAUUCCUUGUUUCUUUUUCUUCUUUCUUUCGCCGCCAUUUCUUCUUCUCCUAUCUCUCUCAUUCCUUAUUGCCACUUUUUCUCUUUUUCUUUUUCUUUUCCUUAUACAUCAUCAGUCUUCUUCUCUCUUUUCUCUCUUCAUUCUCAUUUUCCUUAUUUGCCACUUUUUUUCUCUUUUUCUUUUCUUUUCUGCCAUACAUCAGUCUUCUUCUCUCUAUCUCUCUCCAUUCUCAUUCCUUAUUUGCCACUUUUCCUCUUUUCUUUUCUUUUCCUUAGCAUCAUCAGUCUUCUUCUCUUUUUCUCUCCAUUCUCAUUCCUUAUUUGCCACUUUUUCUCUUUUUCUUUUUCUUUUUCAUAUACAUCAUCAGUCUUCUUCUCUCUUUCUCCAUUCUCAUUUCUUAUUUGCCACUUUUCUCUUUUCUUUUUUUUUCAUACUUCAUCAUCCAGUCUUCUUUCUUUCUCUUUCAUUCAUUCCUUAUUUGCCACUUUUCUCUUUUCUUUUCUUUUCAUAUACAUCAUCUUCUCUCUAUCUCUCCAUUCUCAUUCCCUUGUUUUGCCACUUUUUUCUCUUUUCUUUUCUUUUUCGCCUUACAUCAUCAGUCUUCUUCUCUCUUUCUCUCUCCAUCCUUAUUUGCCACUUUUCUUUUCUUUUUUGCCACUUUUUCUUUUCUUUCCAUUCAUCUUUUCAGUCAUCAUCUCUCUUUUCUCUCUCCAUUCUCCCCUUAUUUGCCACUUUUUUCUCUUUUUUCUUUUUCUUUUCAUCUCAUUUCUCAUCAGUCUUCUUCUCAUCUCUCCAUUCUCUUCUUGCCACUUUUUCUCUAUCUCUUUUUCUCAUCCACCUUCUUCUCUCUUUCUCUUGCCAUUCUCAUUUUUCUCUUUCUCUUUUCUUUUUCUUUUAUACAUCAUCAUUCUUCUUCUCUCUUUCUCUCUCCAUUCUCAUUCCUUAUUUGCCUCUUUUUUUUCUUUUCUCUUUUUCUUUUCUUUUCUCUCCAUUCUCAUUCAUUCACUUUUCUCUUUUCUUUUCUUCUUCUCUAUAUCUUCUUUCUCUUUUCUCUCCAUUCUCUCCUUCCUUAUUACAACCUUUUUCUUUUUCUUUUCUGCAUCAUUCAGUCUUCUUUUCUCUCAUCCAUUCUCAUUCCUGUUGCCACUUUUUUUCUCUUUUUCUUUUCUUUUCCUGCAGCAUCAUCAUCUUCUUCUCUUUAUCUCUCUCCAUUCUCAUUUCAUUUGCCACUUUAACUCACCUUUUCUUUUCAUGCAUCAUUCUUUUCACUUUUUCUCAUCUCCAUUUCUCAUUUUCUCAUGUAACCACCUCUCAUCUUUCCACUUUUUCUCAUCUCCAUUUCUUUAACCACCUUUUCUCUGCAGCAUUCAUCUUUUCUCUUUUUCUCAUCUCCAUUUCUCAUUGCCAACCACCUAAUUUUCACUUUUUUCUUUUCUUUUCUCCACCUCUUUCUUCUCUUUUUUCUCUCUCUCAUUCCUCAUUUCUGCAGCAUUCAUCUUUCAGUCUUUUCUCUCAUCUCCAUUUCUCAUUCUUCUUCUCUCUUUGCUCUACCAUUUCAUCUUUUUUUCUCAUCUUUUCUUUCUCAUAUAACCAUCAUCAUUCAUCUUUCCCUUUCUCUCAUCUCCAUUUCUCAUUUAACCACCUUUUCUCUUUUCUCUCUCCAUUUCUCAUAAUUCCAGCAUUCAUCUUUUCCACUUUUCUCUCAUCUUCUUUCUCCACCCUAAUUUUCUAUUACAUUCUUUCUUUUUUCUUUUCUCUCAUUUUCAUCAGUCUCUUUUUCUCUCUCAUCUUUCCACUUUUCUCUUUUCUUUUUCUUUCAUUCAUUCCACUUUUCUCUCAUCUCCAUUUCUCUAACCACCUAAUUUCUUCUCUCAUUCAUCUUUCACUUUUUCUCUCUCCAUUUCUCAUAUUAACCACCUCCUGCUUCAUUCAUAUUUCUCUCAUCUCCAUUUCUCAUCAUUCAUUUUCUCUCAUCUCCAUUUCUUUAACCACCUAUUUUACUACAUUCAUCUUUCCACUUUUUCUCUUUCUCCAUUUCUCAUCUCCUGCUCUGCAGCAUUCAUCUUUCCACUUUUCUCUUCUCAUUUCUCAUAACCACCUAAUUACUGCAGCAUUCAUCUUUCCUUUUCUCUCAUCUCCAUUUUCUCAUGUAACCACCCCAUCUGCAUUCAUUACAUCUUUCAUCUCCCCAUUUCUCAACCACCUAGUGCAGCAUUCAUUGGACUUUUCUCUCUCUCUCCAUUUCUCACUCACCACCCUAGUACAAGCAAUUCUAUCUCCAUAUAUCUCUCAUAUAUUUUCUCUAUAUCCAUUUCUCAAUCAUUCAUCUUUCCUUUUCUCUCAUCUCCAUUUUUCUUUUCAUUUUCAUUCAUCUCCACUUUUCUCUCAUCUCCAUUUUUUAACCACCUUUGCAGCAUUCAUCUUUCUUUUCUCAUGUUCAUCAUUCCUUAUGCCCAACCACCUAAUUUGCGGCAUUCAUCUUUUUUCUCAUCUCCUUAACCACCAUUCUUCAUUCUUUCCACUUUUUCUCUCAUCUCCAUUUCUCAUCAUUCAUUCCACUUUUUUCUCUCAUCUCCAUUUCUUAACCACCUUUGCAGCAUUCAUCUUCCACUUUUUCUCUCAUCUCCAUUUCUUUUUCACUGCAGCAUUCAUUCCACUUUUUCUCUCUCUCCAUUUCUCAUCAUUCAUCUUUCCACUUUUUCUCUCAUCUCCAUUUCUCAUAACCACUAAUUGCUCUGCAGCAAUCAUCUUUCCUUUUCUCUCAUUUCUCAUUUCUCAUGCAUUCAUUCACUUUCUCUCAUCUCCAUUUCAUGCCAACCUCUGCAGCAUUCAUCUUUCCUUUUCUCUCAUCUCCAUUUCUCAUCUUAACCACCUAAUUGCACUGCAGCAUUCAUUCACUUUUCUCAUCUCCAUUUUUCUCAUCCUUAACCACCCUAAUUGCACUGAUAUCAUUUCCACUUUCUCUCAUCUCCAUUUUUCAUACAACCACCUAGUACUGCAGCAUUCAUCUUUCACUUUUCUCUCUCAUUUCUCAUCAUUCAUUUCCACUUUUCUCUCAUCUCCAUUUUCUCAUGCCAACCACCUAAUUGCUCUGCAGCAUUCAUCUUUCCACUUUUUUCUCAUCAUCUCCAUUUUCUCAUGCCAACCACCUAAUUGCACUGCAGCAUUUCAUUUCCCUUUUUCUCUCAUCUCCAUUUCUCAUAUAACCCCUAAUUGCACUGCAGCAUUCCUUUCCACUUUUCUCUCAUCUCCAUUUCUCAUGCAUAACCACCUAAUUGCACUGCAGCAUUCAUUCCCACUUUUUUCUCUCAUCUCCAUUUCUCAAUCAUUUCAUCUUUCCACUUUUCUCUCAUCUCAUUUCUCACAUAACCACCUAAUUGCACUGCAGCAUUUCAUCUUUCCACUUUUCUCUCAUCUCCAUUUCUCAUGUAACCACCUAAUUGCACUGCAGCAUUCAUCUUUCCACUUUUUCUCUCAUCUCCAUUUCUCAUACUGUAACCACCUAAUUGCACUGCAGCAUUCAUUUCCACUUUUCUCUCAUCUCCAUUUCUCAUGUAACCACCUAAUUGCUCUGCAGCAUUCAUCUUUCCACUUUUCUCUCAUCUCCAUUUCUCAUGCCAACCACCUAAUUACUGCAGCAUUCAUUCCCUUUUUCCAUCUUUUCUCUCUCUCAUUCAUCUCCUUUUUUCAUCUCUUCAUCAUUCAUUCCACUUUUCUCCUCAUCUCCAUUUCUCAUGUAACCACCCUAAUUGCACUGCGGCAUUCAUCUUUCCACUUUUCUCUCAUCCUCCAUUUCUCAUGUAACCACCUAGUUGCUCUGCAGCAUUCAUCUUUCCACUUUUUCUCCAUUCUCAUUUGUGUAACCCACCUAGUGCUCUGGCAUUCAUUCCACUUUUCUCUCAUCUCUCCAUUUCUCAUCAUUCAUUCCUUUUCUCUUCUCCACAUUCUUUCUCUGUUAUACAUUCAUCUUUCUCUUUUUCUCUCAUCUAAUUUCUCUGUAACCACCUAUUCAUUCAUUUCCACUUUUCUCUCAUCUCCAUUUUUCUCAUCAUUCAUCUCUCAUCUCCAUUUCUCAUCUCUCAUUCAUUCCCUUUUCUCUCAUCUCCAUUUCUCAUGUAACCACCUAAUUGCUGCAGCAUUCAUCUUUCCACUCUUUUCUCUCAUCUCCAUUUUCUCAUGCCAACCACCUAAUUUCUCAUGCAUUCAUUCCCUUUUCUCUCAUCUCCAUUUCUCCAUCAUUCAUUCAUCUUUCAUUUCUUUUUCUCUCAUCUCUCCAUCUUUCUCAUGUAACCACCUAAUUGCUCUGCAGCAUUCAUCUUUCCACUUUUUCUCUCAUCUCCAUUUCUCAUGUAACCACCUAAUUGCACUGCAGCAUUCAUCUUUCCUUUUCUCUCAUCUCCAUUUCUCAUGUAACCACCUAAUUGCACUGCAGCAUUCAUUCCACUUUUCUCUCUCAUCUCCAUUUCUCAUCAUUCAUCUUUCACUUUUCUCUCAUCUCCAUUUCUCAUGUAACCACCUAAUUGCUCUGCAGCAUUCAUCUUUCACUUUUCUCUCAUCUCCAUUUCUUAACCACCCUAAUUGCUCUGCAGCAUUCAUCUUUCCCUUUUUCUCUCAUCUCCAUUUCUCAUGUAACCACCUAAUUUGCUCUGCAGCAUUCAUCUUUCCACUUUUUUCUCUCAUCUCCAUUUCUCAUCCAUUUAACCACCUAAUUGCACUGCAGCAUUCAUCUUUCCACUUUUCUCUCUCAUCUCCAUUUUCUCCAUGCCAACCACCUAAUUGCACUGCAGCAUUCAUCUUUCCACUUUUCUCUCAUCUCCAUUUCUCAUGUAACCACCUAAUUUACUGCAGCAUUCAUCUUUCCACUUUUUCUCUCAUCUCCAUUCUCAUCAUUCAUCUUUCCACUUUUCUCUCAUCUCCAUUUCUCCAUGUAACCACUAAUUGUCUGCAGCAUUCAUCUUUCCCUUUUUCUCUCAUCCAUUUCUCAUGUAACCACCUAAUUGCUCUGCAGCAUUCAUCUUUCCACUUUUUCUCUCAUCUCCAUUUCUCAUGUAACCACCUAAUUGCACUGCAGCAUUCAUCUUUCCUUUUUUCUCUCAUCUCCAUUUCUCAUGCUUUCCCACCUAAUUGCUCUACAGCAUUCAUCUCCACUUUUUCUCUCAUCUCCAUUUCUCAUCAUUCAUCUUUCCACUUUUUCUCUCAUCUCCAUUUCUCAUGUAACCACCUAAUUGCUGCUGCAUUCAUCUUUCCACUUUUCUCUCUCCAUUUCUCAUGUAACCACCUAAUUGCACUCAUUCAUCUUUCACUUUUCUCUCAUCUCCAUUUCUCAUGUAACCACCUAAUUGCACUGCAGCAUUCAUCUUUCCACUUUUUUCUCUCAUCUCCAUUUCUCAUCAUUCAUUUCCACUUUUUCUCUCAUCUCCAUUUCUCAUGUAACCACCUAAUUGCUCUGCAGCAUUCAUCUUUCCACUUUUCUCUCAUCUCCAUUUCUCAUGUAACUUUCCACUUUUCUCUCCUAAUUGCUCUGCAGCAUUCAUCUUUCCACUUUUCUCUCAUCUCCAUUUCUCAUGUAACCACCCUAAUUGCUCUGCAGCAUUCAUCUUUCCACUUUUUCUCUCAUCUCCAUUUCUCAUGUAACCACCUAAUUGCACUGCAGCAUUCAUCUUUCCACUUUUCUCUCAUCUCCAUUUCUCAUCAUUCAUCUUUCCACUUUUUCUCUCAUCUCCAUUUCUCAUGUAACCACCUAAUUGCUCUGCAGCAUUCAUCUUUCCACUUUUUCUCUCAUCUCCAUUUCUCAUGUAACCACCUAAUUGCACUGCAGCAUUCAUUCCACUUUUUCUCUCAUCUCCAUUUCUCAUGUAACCACCUAAUUGCUCUGCAGCAUUCAUCUUUCCACUUUUUCUCUCAUCUCCAUUUCUCAUGUAACCACCUAAUUGCACUGCAGCAUUCAUCUUUCCACUUUUUCUCUCAUCUCCAUUUCUCAUGUAACCACCUAAUUGCACUGCAGCAUUCAUCUUUCCACUUUUUCUCUCAUCUCCAUUUCUCAUGUAACCACCUAAUUGCACUGCAGCAUUCAUUCCACUUUUUCUCUCAUCUCCAUUUCUCAUGUAACCACCUAAUUGCACUGCAGCAUUCAUCUUUCCACUUUUUCUCUCAUCUCCAUUUCUCAUGUAACCACCUAAUUGCACUGCAGCAUUCAUUCCACUUUUCUCUCAUUCAUUUUCUCAUUAACCACCUUUUCUCAUUCAUCUCCUCAUCUCCAUUUCUCAUCAUUCAUCUUUCCACUUUUUUCUCUCAUCUCCAUUUCUCAUGUAACCACCCUAAUUGCUGCAUUCAUUCAUCUUUCCCUUUUUCUCUCAUCUCCAUUUCUCAUCAUUCAUCUUUCCACUUUUUCUCUCAUCUCCAUUUCUCAUGUAACCACCCUAAUUGCACUGCAGCAUUCAUUCCACUUUUCUCUCAUCUCCAUUUCUCAUGUAACCACCUAAUUGCACUGCAGCAUUCAUCUUUCCCUUUUUUCUCUCAUCUCCAUUUCUCAUCAUUCAUCUUUCCACUUUUUUCUCUCAUCUCCAUUUCUCAUGUAACCACCUGCAUUCAUUGCACUUUUCUCUCAUCUCCAUUUCUCUGCAGCAUUUUCAUCUUUCCACUUUUUCUUUUCUCUCAUCUCCAUUUCUCAUCAUUCAUCUUUCCUUUUUUCUCAUCUUUUCUCUCAUCUAACCACCUAAAUUUUCAUUCAUCUUUCCUUUUCUCUCAUCUAAUUGCUCAUGUAACCACCAUUCACUGCAGCAUUCAUUCCCUUUUCUCUCAUCUCCAUUUCUCAUGUAACCACCUAAUUGCACUGCAGCAUUCAUCUUUCCACUUUUUCUCUCAUCUCCAUUUCUCAUGUAACCACCUAAUUGCACUGCAGCAUUCAUCUUUCCACUUUUUCUCUCAUCUCCAUUUCUCAUGUAACCACCUAAUUGCAUUUCUGCAGCAUUCAUUCCACUUUUCUCUCAUCUCCCAUUUCUCAUCAUUCAUUUCUUUCCACCUUUUUUCUGCAUCUCCAUUUCUCAUCUCAACCAUUCCAUGUAACCAUUGCACUGCAGCAUUCAUUCCACUUUUUUUUUUCUCUCUCCAUUUCUCAUGUAACCACCUAAUUGCUCUGCAGCAUUCAUCUUUCUUUUUCCACUUUUUCUCUCAUCAUUUCCAUUUCUCUCAUCUAACCACCCUAAUUGCACUGCAGCAUUCAUCUUUCCACUUUUCUCUCAUUCCAUUUCUUUCCACCCAAUUGCACUGCAGCAUUUUCUUUUCUCAUCUCCAUUUCUCAUGUAACCACCUAAUUGCACUGCAGCAUUCAUCUUUCCACUUUUUCUCUCAUCUCCAUUUCUCAUGUAACCACCUAAUUGCACUGCAGCAUUCAUCUUUCCACUUUUUCUCUCAUCUCCAUUUCUCAUGUAACCACCUAAUUGCACUGCAGCAUUCAUCUUUCCACUUUUUCUCUCAUCUCCAUUUCUCAUGUAACCACCUAAAUUGCAGCAUUCAUCUUUCCACUUUUCUCUCAUCUCCAUUUCUCAUUCACCUAAUUGCACUGCAGCAUUCAUUCCACUUUUUCUCUCAUCUCCAUUUCUCAUGUAACCACCUAAUUGCACUGCAGCAUUCAUCUUUCCACUUUUUCUCUCAUCUCCAUUUCUCAUGUAACCACCUAAUUGCUCUGCAGCAUUCAUCUUUCCACUUUUUCUCUCAUCUCCAUUUCUCAUGUAACCACCUAAUUCCACUUUUCUCUCAUCUCAUUUCUCUUUCCACCUUUUCAUUCUCAUCUCCUUUUCUUUCUCAUCAACCACCCUUCCACUACAUCAUUCAUCUCUCCACUUUUCUCCAUCUCCAUUUCUCAUGUAACCACCUAAUUGCUCUGCAGCAUUCAUCUUUCCACUUUUUCUCUCAUCUCCAUUUCUCAUGUAACCACCUAAUUGCACUGCAGCAUUCAUCUUUCCACUUUUUCUCUCAUCUCCAUUUCUCAUGCUCAUUCAUCUUUCCCUUUUUCUCUCAUCUCCAUUUCUCAUGUAACCACCUAAUUGCAUCAUUCUCUUUCCUCUUUUCUCUCAUCUCCAUUUCUCAUCAUUCAUCUUUAACCACCUUUUUCUCUCACUUUUUCUCUCUCUCCAUUUCUCAUGUAACCACCCUAAUUGCACUGCAGCAUUCAUUCUUUUCUUUUCUCUCAUCUCCAUUUCUCAUCAUUCAUCUUUCCACUUUUUCUCAUCUCCAUUUCUUUCCACCUUUCAUUCAUUUCCACUUUUCUUCAUCUCUUUCUCUCCAAUUGCACUGCAGCAUUCAUCUUUCCACUUUUUCUCAUCUCCAUUUCUCAUCAUUCUUUCUUUUUCUCUCAUCUCAUUUCUCAUUUGCACUGCAGCAUUCAUCUUUUCCACUUUUUCUCUCAUCUCCAUUUCUCACUGUAAAACCUAAGUGCUCUGCAGCAUUCAUCUUUCCCUUUUUCUCUCAUCUCCAUUUCUCUUUUAACCACCUAAUUAACCAGCAUUCAUCUUUCCCUUUUCUCUCAUCUCCAUUUCUCUCUAAUUGCACUGCAGCAUUCAUCUUUCCACUUUUCUCUCAUCUCCAUUUCUCAUCAUUCUUAUUCCCUUUUUUCUCUUUUCUUUCCUUUUCAUCAUCAGUCUUCUUCUCUCUUCUCUCUCCAUUCUCAUUUCCUUAUUUUGCUUUUAGCAUUUUUCUCUUUUCUUUUCUUUUCAUAUACAUCAUCAGUCUUCUUCUCUCUUUCUCUCUCUUUCUCAUUCCUUCAUACUUUUUUCUUUUCUUUUCAUAUGCAUCAUUCAGUCUUCUUCUCUUUUCUUAUUUCUCAUUUCCUUAUUUGCCCUUUUCUCUUUUCUUUUCUUUUCUUCAUUCAGUCUUCUUUCUCUCUCUCUCCAUUCUCAUUUUCCUUAUUUGCCACUUUUUCUCUUUUCUUUUCUUUUUUCAUCAUCAGUCUUCUUCUCUCUUUCUCUCCACCUCAUUCCUUAUUUGCCCUUUUUCUCUUUUCUUUUUCUUUUUCAUCUCCAUCAUCAGUCUUCUUCUCUCUUUCUCUCUCCAUUCUCAUUUCCUUAUUUUACCACUUUCUCUUUCUCUUUUUCUUUUCUUAUACAUCCUCUAA